GAACAGGAAGAGCAAAAAAAAACCUCUCGGAAAUGAGAAUACAAAGGCAGAAGUGCAAGUGGUUGGUGUUAAACAAUGUCAUGGGAGAGUGCGACGGAGGUGUGCAGGCAAGAAUGAACGCAGGUUUUUAAUUGAUAGAAAACGAAUUCGCUCGUGAGAGGAGAAGGAAGUCGUCACAGAAGAAAGUAAGAAGCUUUGGAGACGACAGCUGAAAUAUGGGUGAGUCCAGUAUCUGUCAGGUGAGGGCGACGGUCAUGAUGUAUGACGACGCCAACAAGCGUUGGGUGCCGGCCGGAUCUGACAGUCCUUCGUUUAGCCGCGUGCAGAUCUAUCAGAACAGCGCGGCCAACACCUUCAGAGUGGUGGGCCGCAAACUGCAGGCCGACCAGCAGGUGGUGAUCAACUGUCCCAUUAUCAAAGGGAUGAAGUAUAACCAAGCCACACCAAACUUCCACCAGUGGCGGGAUCCCAAACAGGUGUGGGGGCUGAACUUUGGCAGCAAAGAGGACGGUGCUCAGUUCGCCAAAUCCAUGACGUACGCGCUGGAGUGUCUGAACACAGGCCCGGCUCAUAAUGAACCUUCUGCUCAGGAGCUGGAGCAGCAGAGGAGAUUAGAGCGUCAGAAACAGGAGCAGCAGGAGAAGGAGCGUCUGGAGAGAGAGAGGCAGGCCGCUGCUGCAGCUGCCCCACCUGCCCCACCUGCCCCACCUGCUCCUCCUGCUCCUCCAUCAGGUGGUCCACCAGCACCACCACCACCACCUCCGUGCCCUCCGCCGUCCUCUGGAGGGCCUCCGCCUCCACCUGGACCUCCACCACCUCCUGCUGGGGGCUUGGUGCCUCCUCCGCCUCCACCGCCACCUUCCGGUGGAGGCGGAGGUGGAGGUGGGGCAAGUGAUUUGGCUGCGGCUCUGGCUGGAGCCAAACUUCGUAAAACAGCACCAAAGCAGGAUGAGGCAGAAGCCCCCAAACCAGCACCGUCAUCUGGUGGAGGUGGAGGAGGUGGUCUAAUGGGAGAAAUGAGCGCCAUCCUUGCUAGAAGGAGGAAAGCUGCUGAUGUCCCUGCUGCAAAGAAGGAAGAACCAUCCAAAGAUAGUCCUGACUCCUCGGUGUCAAAGUUCCCAGGACCAGGAGAAAACAAAGAAAAAUCUGCCACCAUGCCGAGGCCCAAAUCCUUAACCGGCAAUCAAAGGGACUCCGUCACGAGUCCCAGCUCUUCCACUUCUCCCUCCGUUAACGCCUCCAGGAUGAAGGUGGUGAAAAAGAGCUCAGAUGCUGGAGGAGGUGGAGGAAGUGAGAUCGACAUGGAGAAAAUCAAACAGGAAAUUAUCGAUGACGUGAAAAAAGAACUUCACAAAGUGAAAGAUGAAAUUAUCAAAGUACUGCUCCAGGAGCUGCAGAAUGGACAGCCAAAGGAUGAAGAGUCCUGAAAAAGACUGAAGAACGGAUGAAGAAAAUGAUGAACACAUGUGAAUGUUUUAUCAUGCAAUGCUGAAAAAAAUUCACAGAUUUUUCCUUGAAUUGUUAUUUUUUACAAACUCGAACAUGUUUUUUUUUUAUUUCUACAGUUUCUUGUUACUCAGGACAGUUUGUGCAGCAGCUAACAGCAUGUGAGACAAAGAGAGACACAUUGUAUUUGUCUUUAACAAACAUCCUACUUCCUCCUCACUGUCCUGUUCACACUGUGGUACGUACAGGCACGGCGUGCACGGCAACAUAAAUAAAGAACACAAAAAACAAUAACACGACAGCCCAUAAUAAAUACUACCAUGUGAAGCAUGAAGGAGCAGUGUUGGAAUGUUGAACCCUCUUCUUACACAACUCUCCCCCUGAAGGAUUCUCGUCCACUUCUGCAGAAAAAUAAAUACUGUGUGCGUUUUUCUAAAAUAAUAUUCGGCUGGUAAAAAGGUACAUGCAUUUAAAAACUUUACAGAAUUAUCAUCUGCAACACAAAGAAUGGUGUUCAGACUUUAUGUUGUUAUCAUAUUAUUGAUUAUGAAUGCUUUAAUGUGUGAGCAGCAGUUUAGUGUAGUGUAGUUGGUUCAUGUGUUUUGUUCGAAUCCACAAAGUUACGAGUCACAUCAGACAGAUGUGCAGUGAAAAGGAAAAGUAGUGAAGUAUACAUGAAAUAUAUAAAAUAUUCAGGGAAAGUACACGUGCCUAAAAAUUGUAGUUGCCAUAUGUCUGGCUGUGAUUGACUUGUGGCUGCUCCUGAUUAAUUUCCUGAACUUAUUUUAGGCAUAUUUGGCUCCACAGCGCUUUCGUUGAGCUGGUACAUUUGAAAUAUUAAAAGAACAACUUAUAGGUUCAGUUUUCUUGUUGUCUACGUCACUGGUUUCCAACUUGGGAGUCCUGAUGUCUCCAAAGCUUCACUUGGCGUCGCUUGGCCUUGAUUUUAAGGGAUUUAAGCCGGUCUUUUU